AUGGGCAUCCUCCUGGGCAUAGACCUCGUCCCAGAGGGGCAUGGGCCGGGGCCCCGCCGCAAGCUGCCGCGGAAACCGGGGCCAAUGGUGAUGGUGAAGCAGAGGCAGGCGGCCAACGCGCGGGAGCGGGACCGGACCCAAAGUGUCAACACGGCCUUCACCGCCCUGCGGACCCUCAUCCCCACCGAGCCGGUGGAUAGGAAGCUGUCCAAGAUCGAGACCCUCCGCCUGGCCUCCAGCUACAUCUCCCACCUGGCCAAUGUCCUGCUGCUGGGCGAGGGCUGUGAGGAUGGGCAGCCCUGCUUCAGUGCCAUCUACGGGGCCAAGGGCGACCUGGACAGCAAACAGCCCCGCAGCAUCUGCACCUUCUGCCUCAGCAACCAGCGGAAAGGGGGCGGCCGGAGGGACGUUGGGGGCAACUGCCUGAAGGUGCGGGGGGUGACCCCCCUGCGAGUAUCGCGAAGGGGCACCGGGGUCCGGCAGCAUCCACCUGAGACAGCGGCAGAGCCGGCCGGAGCCCACGCACGCCAGCCCCAGAGACCGGAGCGGGGAGGGAGGGAGCUGCUCGCCCGAGGCAACCCUGAUGCCACCACCCCGCCAUGUCCCCCCUUGCAGUGGACACCUCAGAGCUGCUCGCAGCACCAGGACCCCGUGCUGGCCAUGGUCCCUGGGGACGUGGGCCCUGCGGGCAGGGACAGGGUGUGA